AUGCCCCGUCAUAAAGGGUCAGAAAAACGAACACGAAUUGCGAAGGCCUGCAUCCUUUGCCAGACUCAUAAGACGAAGUGCGAUGGCCUCUGCCCUUGCGGACAGUGCAUCAAGCGGGAGAGAGCCAGCACCUGCUCUUACUCGUCUCAUAGACGCCUAUACGGACGGCAACGGCCGUGGCCCAAGGAGGCAGAUACGGACGUGUCUAAAAAGUCACCGAAUGGGACGAUAAAAGUUGAGAGUUCAUCGCCGGAUGAUCGUCUUGAUCGUGGGAGUACGGAACAGGAUGGCAUACAUAUUGCGAUCCCAAAAGUACCGAGUACGAUGCGCGAUACGAAAGGGCGAGCCAUGUACAUUGGAGAUUGCGCGGCGCUGUCUUUCCUGCGCAAUAUACAGGAGCUCAUUCAAGGCGAACAAGAACUUGCUGAUGUAGCCAAGGAAAUCUCUUCGUUCUCGGUGUUGGCGGAAGCUCCGCCGACGGAUGGCGAGAGUGUUUUGGCUUAUAGCAAUGCGAAUCUCAAGGAUUUGGAAGAUCUGGUUCAAGUGUUCUUCUCAGCGACGUGUGGAAUGCUUGACAUUAUCAACCGGGGUACGGUAGACACUCUGCUCAGUCGCUGGAUCAACGGGAACAUCUCCGUUACGAGUAGCAGCGCCGCCAUCUUAUACCUCGUCCUUGCCUUUGCAGCGCAAAUGCGGAGCGGAUCUGCGCAAGACUCACAUCGAUCUCGAUCGUUCUUCUACCACGGCCGUCGGAUUGCGCUGCUGGAGCUGACGGAGUAUCCUACCAUGGAGACAGUCCAGGCAUUCACGCUGAUCAGUCUGUAUAUGCUUGGCGGCUGCCGACGAGACGGAGGGUACUUGAAUCUGGGCACGGCCAUAAGCGCGGCAAAGGCACUUGGGUAUCAUCGUCCUGAAUCUACCUUCGUUCAGUGCCUGGAAGAAAGGGGGAUGAGGAAGCGGAUAUGGCGCAGCUUGUGUGUUUUCGACAUUUUGUUCUGCGCCAUGGUCGGACGCGCGCCGAUGACCUCGGCCAUGGACUCGGCAGAAGAGGACUUUGACGACGACGAGCAGCGGCCUGAUCCGAAGCACCCUGAUAAAUGCCAGCAACUCGGCCUCUACGAAUCGGCACGAGCCAUCUCCAUCCUGAAGCAGACCCUGCUGGAGAUUUACACGAAACGUUCGGCGCCGCUGGGGCUUCUUGAGCGGCUGUCGAGCAAGCUCCGUCGGAUGGGGACGGAGCUGCCGUUUGAGAUUCGGAGCAUCAGCCCUGCGGCGUUUUCGGAGCACAAGUGCCCCAAGACGAGGCAGCUCAUCAUCAGGAACGCGACGGUUGCGUGCAAUUACUAUUUCAGCAUGAUGCUGUUGGCGAGGCCGUUUCUUAUUGCUUGCCUUAGGGCUAAAUACAGCAAAUCGCCAACAACCCAGGGAUCGGAGGUACGUGGGGGCGAAGAGUCUUCUGAAGUUGACAGGAGUGUCAAGUACGGGGCCAUGACUUCUUUUGAUACCGCGUUGAAGACGAUUCAGCUGCUCCACGAGCUACAUGUUGCCGGGGUGCUCUAUAACAAUAUGCCACUUGCUGUGGGUUGGACGUUUGUGUCGGCCUUGACCGUGUGCGCCGCCUACUUUGGGUGUCUCGGCGACGCAAGAGAAUGUGAGCUCGCCAUCUGCCGGGCGAACCAGAUAUUGCAGCACUUCAUGCCACACAACCCGCAGGCAAAGCACUACGAACUCAUACUGAAGAGGCUCUCCCGAGUCGCCCUAAGCUGUAUAAGCGGAGCAGACGACCAGCCGCACGACAACAGCACUGUAUUCUGGUCCGACCUCUUUAGGCUGACUCCGGCGCACCUUCAUCAGCUGAAGCAGGAGGAGGAGUCUUGUGAUGCUUCCUCGGGUAUGGGUGAAGGACAAGAGGGACUGGCCAUGGUGGAUGGAGAGUGUGCCAGUCCGGCGGAGGUUGGUUUGACGACGCAGGAUGCUGCUCCCUUAGAGGCGAGCGUGGGGGACAUCUUUCACUUUCCGGAUGGCGCGUACAAGGACUUUUCGAAUCUUACGCUCAUGACGGAGGGGCUGUUUCCUGAGCAGCGUGAUUUCGCCUUGGAUAUCCAUUUCUCGCUCACGCACCGCCUCACCUCCACCACCAACCGCAUCCGUACCAUGUCGACAUCCCGCGUCGCCAACGAUGCCGACGAGUCGACGCAGCCUUUCUCUCCGCCUGGUCAUGAUCACAUUCUCCAACGGUUGAGUGAGGUUGCAGCUGACCGUGAUGAUGGCGAGGAUAACGGCAAUGGCGAUGUCGGUGACAUGAGGAAUAACGAUAAUGACGAUGAGACGACAAUGUCCGAUUCUAGCGAUGGUGAUGCAGAGGUUGUCGACAUCAACAUGGCUUAUCACAACAACGCAGUCAGCUGGAAUGAUGACAGCAAUCAUAAGCAGCGUGCUGAUGGCAUUCAUCUUGACAUCUUCUUCGACGGCGCAUCCAACACGUGUCUCUUCAAACUCUACUGCCCCGUGCUUCACAAAGGCAGUAAAGCCAAGGGGCAAAAGCACACCAUCUUUCUGUUCAUACACCCCGAGUCAGUUCGAGAUAUCACUUUGAAUCACGGACGACCCUCAGGGUCGAGCAUCUCUAAGCCCGGCCGACAGACCUUGUCCUUUUCUAUGACACAAUAUCCUUCGCUCGUUGUUCCCAAGGGUUAUGUUUUGGAGACGAAAGAACAGAGCAAAGGCGCACUUAAUGUAAUGCUGGCGUUGGCUAAAGCGACUCAAUUUACUGUUCAUCUCAACAAUUCUAAUCUGAAUACACCGCCUAAAAAAUCGCGUUUGGAGUUGAUUGCCCGCCUGUUCUCGCCAAAUUCUGCUUCUGAUCGUCCCCUUACGAACGAAAGAUGUGCCAACCUCGGGUCAUUGUAUGCUGGCAGGGGAGGCGAGAUUGUUGACCUAGAUAAAGCCACUGAAGAGCUGUCCGAUGAGGCUGACGCGCCACCACCAUCUUAUGCUGGACCAGCGCAAGGCCAACCUUCAAAGAAUAAACGUCGACGGAUUGAGUCAGACAUUGACAAGGGCAAAUCUCCCGCGGUCCACAAUGAUCUAUUCAGUUACAUCCGCAGUUCUUUCGACAGCAUGGAGAACCGUAUCUGUGCUCGCAUCGAAGACAUGGCGGUCCAAAUAAAAACGCAGCUAGACGGUUUCGGGAACCGCCUCGACGGCUUUGAAAGCCGUUUAAAGCAGCUUGAAGACACAGUUUCAGACGCAUUAGACAAUGACCGUGAUCCGUCUGCAUCCAUACAGGAUGAGAUCAAUGAACAGCUGGACGACUGCAUAACGGGCAUCAAAGCGGAAACAGAAGAAGUGUUCAAGUCCAUUGAUGACCGGUUUGACGAGACUAUGGAGAGGUUGGAGCAGGAGGUGAAUGAGAGAAUUGAACGGCUGGAAGAAGAUGUCAAGGACAGCACGGUUGAGAUUGUGGAGUCGAGCUUGAAGCGGAAACUGACGAAUGCGAGUUUGCGAGUGGAUGGCUCUGUAUUUCUGGACUUGUAGCUUCAU